AGCAGGGGGCGCCGCUCACAUUUGCAACAACAAACAUCAUUUUGAAUUUCCAACAUGUCUGCGCCCUGAAGGAUGCGGCUGAAGGCGUGAAGGUGCAGGACAAGAGUCGAUAAACGCUACACUGACAUGACACGGGAUUUUGGGGGACGAUAAAGAUACAACAGAAUAUUUUAGGGAGGCAUUUUCAGUUGAUGGACUCUUAGCCGACUUGGAAGCAGAUUGACCAGGAUGUCAAAGAUCUCCAAGGCCGCCAAAGCCGUAAAGAAAUUGGAUACAGGGAAUGUAAUCCGAGCUAUCGUAAGGUCAGGACAAGCAGCUCCUGGACCCCCACUUGGCCCCAUCCUUGGACAGAAAGGAAUCCCCAUCGGACAGUUCUGCAAGGACUUCAAUGAGAAAACCAAGGAGCUAAAGGAGGGCAUUCCUCUGCCAGUCAAGAUCCACGUGAAGCCUGACAGGACAUAUGACCUGAAGAUCGGCCAGCCUACUGUGUCGUAUUUCCUCAAGCAAGCGGCUGGGAUUGCUAAAGGUGCCAGCAAAACAGGCCAUGAGGUGGCAGGGAUCGUUUCUGUGAGGGCCGUGUACGAAAUCGCUCAGGUGAAAGCUCAGGAUGAGUGCUUCAAACAGAGGAACACCCCCCUCCAGACGGUCGUCAAAUGCAUCAUCGGCUCAGCGCACUCUCUGGGCAUUAAAGUGGUCAACGACCUUUCAGCAGACGAAUACAAAGUCUUCCUGGAGCAGAGAGAGGAGAAGCUAAAGGCAGACGCUGUUGCAGCUGCAGCCGCUGCAGCAGAAGCUGCAUCCAGCAAGAAGAAAUGAGGAGCUGCAAUGUUCUAGCUUUGUUCAUUUACCACCUUCAUGUUGUUCCUGUCUUAAUAAACACUCAUUUAUAACACAA